AUGGAAAACAAUUCCUAUACAACAAAUUUCUUCUUUACAGCAUAUGGAGACUUAGGUUUUAUGAGAAAUAUUUAUUUUAUUGCCACCCUCAUUGUUUACCUUGUAAUACAUUUGGUAAAUGCAGUUAUUUUAAUAGUUAUUGUUUGUGACAGGAACCUUCAUGAACCCAUGUACAUAUUUAUUUGUAGCUUAGUUAUUAAUGGUCUUUAUGGCACCAAUGCUUUUUAUAUCAAAUUUAUGGAAAACCUCUUAUCAAGAAAUCCAUCAAUUUCAAGAACUGGAUGUUUGCUUCAGGUGUUUGCUAUGCAUACUUAUGGAUCUUUCGAAUUUUCAAUUUUGGGAUUAAUGGCAUAUGACAGAUAUGUGUCCAUCUGUAACCCUCUCCUGUAUAAUAAUAUAAUGACACCAUCAAAAGUGACCAGCCUAUUGUGUUUUGCAUACCUUUACCCCAUUUGCAUUUUUACUAUCCAUAUUUCUUUAACAGUUCGUCUUCCAUUAUGUGGAUAUCUGAUAGAUAAAGUGUACUGUGAUAACUGGUCUGUUGUGAAAUUAUCUUGCACUGAUGUAUCUAUUAACAGUGUUUUUGGCUUUUUUGUUACAACAUUUCUCAUGGUGCCACCUCUGAUGCUUACUCUGUUUUCAUAUACUAAAAUAAUUUCUGUAAGUAUUAAGGCUUCAAAGGAAGCGCGCAGUAAAACAGCAAAAACCUGUUUACCCCAUUUGGUGACAUUUAUAAACUAUAGUGUCGCUACAUUUUUUGAAAUAUUACAUCAGCGUUUUGAUGCUAGUGCCCUCCCUCAUGACUUGAGAGGUUUUAUGUCAAUAGACUUUGUAUUAUUGCCUCCUCUUUUGAAUCCAGUUAUUUAUGGGAUUAAAACAAAACAG